AUGCAAGGUGCCGGUGAGGAGAGCGGCUCCUCCCUCAUCGGCGUUCCUCGACCUUGCAACGCCCCACCACGGCUGACCUUAAGCGUGGUGGGGCACGAAUGCUAUUAUGAAUGGGUUGGGUGGAGGGUGGAAGGGGGAAAAGAUUCUUGUUUGAGUAUCCCCCGGGAGGAGGCUGGCGAUGUAUGGAGUGGACCGUCGACGGCAUGUGUUGUUUGCUGUGUCACUCCAGCCGGCAGCUCAUAUGAGUUGCCUGCUGUGUUGAGUAUAUUUCUUUCUGUGUUGAGCGUUUUUGUUUUGACUCCACUAGCGAGAUGA